UUUGAACCUCAGACAACACUGUGUUUUGUGAGUUUUGUCUCCGUGUCAGUGUCUGGUUGUGAAGGCAAACACCACUCAGCCAUUCAACUUCAACCUCCUUUCCAUUGCCAAACAUUCCUUCAAUGGCCAUCGAUCCAAACAGCGGCUUCUGCUCUCAAUCCAGAACCUUCCACAGCCUCCGUCCAAACGUCCCUCUCCCUCCGCCGUCUCAGCCUCUCUCCCUCACCAACUACUUCCUCUCCCUCCUCCCCGCCGCCGCAACCGCCACCUCCACCGCCGCACUCAUAGACUCCGAAACCGACUGCCACCUCUCGUAUUCCGUCCUCCUCCGCCAGAUAAAAUCCCUCGCUUCCUCCCUCCAAUCCCUCACCCCUCUCUCCAAGGGACACGUGGCACUCAUCCUCACCCCAACUUCCCUACACGUCCCCGUACUCUAUCUCUCACUCCUCUCCCUCGGUGUCACAAUCUCACCCGCUAACCCGAUCGGUUCCCCCUCCGAGGUGACUCACCAGGUUCAACUCACCAAACCCGCCAUCGCCUUCGCUACCUCCGCCACCGCCGCCAAAAUCCCCGCCCAUGAAAUCCCGUUCGGCACCAUCCUCCUUGACUCCCCGCAAUUCCUCUCCAUGCUCGAGUCCGACUCGGAGCCCCGCCGAGUCGAGGUGAGUCAGUCCGAGUUGGCGGCGAUUCUGUUCUCCUCCGGCACGACGGGGCGCGUGAAGGGCGUGUUGCUGACCCACGCGAACAUGAUCGCGUUAAUUGGAGGGUUCUGGCACCUGAGGCAGGAGAUGGAAGAUGACUCGCACCCGGUGUCGCUGUUCACGCUGCCGCUGUUUCACGUGUUCGGGUUCUUCAUGCUGGUGAGGGCUUUGGCUGUGGGGGAAACGCUGGUGCUGAUGCGGAGGUUCGAUCUCGAAGGGAUGCUGAGAGCGGUGGAGAAGUACAGGAUCACGUACAUGCCGGUGUCGCCGCCGCUUGUGGUGGCGCUGGCUAAGUCACCGGUGGUGAAGAGGUACGAUCUCAGCUCGCUGCGGUUGCUGGGGAGCGGUGGCGCGCCGCUUGGUAAGGAGGUGGCGGAGAACUUCCAAGCCAGAUUUCCUAACGUGGAAAUUUUGCAGGGCUAUGGUCUGACUGAGAGUGGAGGAGGGGCAGCAAGAAUGAUAGGGCCUGAUGAGGCUAAGCGCCAUGGUUCUGUGGGCAGACUAGCGGAAAAAAUGGAGGCCAAGAUAGUAGACCCUGUAACUGGAGAGGCAUUAUCUCCUGGCCAGAAAGGGGAGCUGUGGUUACGAGGCCCAACAAUCAUGAAAGGUUAUGUGGGAGAUGACAAGGCGACCGCUGAAACAUUGGAUCCAGAGGGAUGGCUAAAGACUGGUGAUCUUUGUUAUUUUGACUCUGAUGGUUACCUAUUCAUUGUAGAUAGGCUGAAGGAAUUGAUCAAAUAUAAAGCUUAUCAGGUUCCCCCAGCUGAAUUAGAACACAUACUUCACACCAAUCCUGAAAUUGCUGAUGCUGCAGUAAUUCCGUAUCCUGAUGAAGAUGCAGGGCAGAUUCCAUUGGCCUUUGUUGUGAGAAAGCCUGGAAGCAACAUCACUGCAGCUCAGGUCAUGGAGUUUGUUGCAAAGCAGGUUGCACCGUACAAGAAAAUAAGACGCGUUUCUUUUAUCAAUUCUAUACCAAAAUCUCCAGCUGGAAAAAUUUUGAGAAGAGAAUUAGUUGAUCAAGCUCUAUCGAGUGGCGCGUCCAAAUUGUGAAGGAUCGCAGUGCAUUAAUAUAGAGCUGGAACUCUUUCUUUACCGAGAUUAUAUUGCUAUUAUUGCCUUCACUCAGUAUGAGCACAGUGCUAGUGAGAACCCCCAUACUAGUCUAUCUUAGUUAACUAUCCUCAUGGAAUUCAUCCAGCCAAGGACUGGUGCCUUUAUAGAGAGAAACUCUGGAGUUAUGUACCUCCUCCUCUCCAAGGGUAGCCAUUUUUCCAGCUAAUGCAGGAGUAGAUUUACCAGCAACCUAAUGUUGGUGUAUGUAUGCAUUAUUAUAUUAUUUAUUUAUUGGAUUAAUAUAAUAAAGGUCUUUGAAAUUAAA